AUGGCUGGCGGACAGGUAAUUUAUAUUAUUCGUUUAUUGUUUCCUUACCAAACUAAUUGACUAAUUAGGUGGACCAAAAAAGCGAAAUAUGUAAUCAUUCGCGUCAAAUUCACGUUCCUUUCGGUUAGUCUUGUGUUUAUACUCGGAUAUAGAUGACUCGAUCAUCUCAAGUACAAAUCGGCCACGACCCUGUUAUGUUGGUGAAUUGUUAUAUGUGGGAAGCUCGUUCUCCUUCAUAACUGCACCAUGAGCGACACAAUUUGUGGACCGAUCAAGCUAAAACGUAUCUAUAGACAGGAGGAAUUUUUUAAGAGAGGCUAUAAUUCAUAUACAGUAAAUGAAAUACGCCUGAACUGUCUGUGCUGGUAUGUAGGCAGUGUCAAUAAUAAGAAAGCUUCGGAUUCGACGGAUCAAAAAUACAAGGAGAAGUUCGACGUUUCGAGCGACGAAUCCCUAUCAAUCCGAAGGUUUAUUGAACAAAAUUUUGACUAUUGUGUUACUAGGAUCGUGAAAUGGAAGAAAUUCAAUGUAGUCCAGCAGUAACUCAUCAAGAUAUAAAUCGAUACUGUGACUAUUGCCCACAAAGAUGCGACAAAUGCAGACGUGUAAUGCAGAAUGCACUUCAGAUUGUUACAAAGACCGAAGAAUCGGUUCGUAAAAAUUUCCAGAUCACGUGCUAUUGUGAACAUUUUUCCUUAUGUUUCUCGUCUGGCAAGCGGGAAAACGAAAUUGUGGUUCAAAUGUUUGAAGGAGAAAUUGAUGUAACUCUCACUAAUCGAAAUCAGGUAAUUAUAAUGUUGGUUUCUUUAAAUACCAAAUAAGUUGUUUGACGGCAGUAAGUUGCAUGAACGUGAUAGGAAAAUAUAAAUUUUCCGAUGUAGAUUUUUCUAAUUUACCAGGAGACUAAUUUCACAAGCCAAAUGGUUUCUAAUAGACUCCUGACCCUUUUGUGUUGAUAUUACGCUAAUUUUUAGUACUAUAGUUAAUAAGUUUAAACAUGAGCAGCCAAUCUUUAUCUGAUAUACAAAAUCGAGCUGAAGGCGAGAGUUUCGGUAUAACAGAUAAAGAUCGGAUGCGAAUGUUUUAACGUGCUCAAAAAACGACCCAUCUUAUGAGUUCAUUGGCGAAGUAAUUUUAAAAACAUUGUCUAAGCCGAGAAAAUCAAAGCUGAAGUUUAUGUAAAUCAGGACAUAUCUUUAAUAUCCGGAUUUACAAACAUUGAUUAAACAUUCAUUUUUUUUAAUUGUCUUCAUGAAUUAUUAUUGAGUGUUUUAAAUAUUAUUAUCGUAUUUGAGCGCGGUACUAUAUGAUAAAACGGAAAACUAAUAGAGUUAAUCUUAUGAAUAACAAACAAUAAGAAUUGGCUGAAUGCUCGGCUAUGCUCGCAAACCAAAAUUUCAUAGCUAACUGGCAAUUCGUUUCUGUAAUACUAAUACACACGCAUCAAAUUCGAAACAUAGGUAUAUGUAUAUAUAUAUACGCAUGGGUAUAAACUAUACAUUAGUACACGCAGACAAAUUAAAAAGAGUUUACUAAAUAACAUGAAUGGCCCUUCAUUUAGGAAGAAAUCUAACCUGUUUCUUAUAAACAGUUCAUUAUCAAAUGCAAGGGAAACAUCACGUAUAAUUUUAUUUUGUUUUGUUUCAAAAAUAACGUGUUAACCAGUUUUAUGAGCAGACAGUUAGUUGACCGUAUCUAUAAAGUAAACUUUUUUUAAAGCUUUAUUUAGUACUAUAAGUACUGUAGCUAGUACCACAACCAGUACCGUGUGAGAAUUAUAUAUAUGCAAUUAAUAAUAAAAGCUCAGCUAUUUAAACGUGUCGCAUUAAUUAGUGAUUCUAGCGAAUGAAAGAGAGUGGGAAUAUAUUUUAUCGAGCACACCCAAACGUGUCAAACCACAGGCUUUUGAGAAUAGUUAGCUCUUGAAAGCUAAUUCGAUGGGUAUUCAAAAGUUAAACAGGCUCAAAACACAUGCAAACCAACACAGAAAAGUCAAAAAUAUACCUUAAUUCGAAUUUUGUUUAUAUCAAUUCAAGAUAGUAAUUACUUGGGAAGUCUGUGGUCAUCACGAAAUAAAUUCCCCACUAACACAUACACAGUUCUACUAGCAAAUUUGCUUUCCUUAAAAUUUCGUCUACAAAUAGCAAAAUAUUGCCAUUGAGGUCGAACGUCAUUGCUUAAUUAGAAAACUAGAGUUUAAAUCAAAUGCGCAAUAACUUUUCCUAGUAUUCUCAAUUAAUUCAAGGAAACCGAAAGCAAAAGUAAUGGAAUUUCCGGUCCGUUAUAGUAUUUAAUGUCGAUUGAUCAUUGUUUUAAGAUUGUCAAUGUCGGUUUUUGAAAUAUAUUAAAUGCUGCUGUUGCUUUUCAUUCUUCUUAAUCGUCGUUUGUUGGGAUUUUAAAUCUGUGAUCUCGUCUGAAAGAUCUGUCAGCUGUCGCAAAUUAUACCCCUAACAGUGCCAGGUUAUGCUAAUCUAAGCUGGUUUGUUUUUGUUAUGUAAGAAUGGGGAAAAAAUUCAAACCAUUUUUGGCGAAUUACAGUUUCGAAACCAUUCAAAGCAGUUCUUCAUUUCUUCAUUGUAUCUCUACGUUUUCAGUAUGGCUGGCGAACAGCUAAUUUACAUUAUUCGCUUAUUGUUUCCUUACCAAACAUAAUUGACUAUUUAGGUAGGACAAAAAAGUGAAAAUCAAAUAUGUAAUCAUUCGCGUCAAAUUCAAGUUCGUUCCGGUUAGUCUUGUGUUUAUCAGUGGCGGAAAUCUCGGGGGGCGGGAGGGCGACCGCCCCCCCCCCCGACCUUGCACGAAAAAGAACGAAUUUUCGGAAAUUUUUACCUAAUAGAGGGCUAAAAACAGCCUUUUCGAGCGCAAAUGGGGGGGGGGUGUUGUCGGAAAUUUGAAAGUUUUUUCGGAAAUUUAAGAGGCUUUGUCCCCCCCCCAACCAGAAAAAUGAAUUUCAGCCACUACCUGCAAAAAAAGGAGACGUUCGACGUUUCGAGCGACGAAUCCUUAUCAAUGUAUUUAUGUAUAAAUCUUUAUUAAAAUAUUAAAAGCAACACCUCACAACAAACGUGCGGGCUUACAAUUUGCACUUACUUAUCAAUAAUUAUUAUACUAAUUUCAGAAUUAGUAUUGAUAUUAUUCAUUAAUAGAGCUAAAAUAUCAUUAUUAUAAUGUUUAAUGAAGUUCCUAAGAAGUUAAUUUCUAAUUUAAAAAUAUCAUAUGAAGUUAAAAAGACAUCUAUUAACGAACACUCUUUUAAACCUUUCUGUUCGAACUCUCGGUAGUUCAUACUCAUGUCCGCGAUUGCGUAAUUCUAAUUGACGACUAGGAGGCAGCAAAACUUGUAGGGCAUUGUUGGGAUCCGUAGUUAUUUUCUCCCAUAAAUCUCUGUCUUUAUUGUUUAAUAUAUCAACAAUCGAUACCUGAUAAAUAAGAUAUCCAUACUUAUAUGCACGUUUUAAACGUUUUAAAAGUUUAUCUACUUGACUAAGAUACUUAGAAUACGACGCACAUCCCCAGACCUCUAUACCAAAAACUAUUAUUGAUAAAAUAAGACUAUGGAACAGAAGAUCCAGCUCUUUCCUAGAAAACCCGUAGUAUUUGCAAAUCCGAAUAAUGUACAUUCUGCUACAGGCUUUACUCAUUAAUUCUAGAUGCAUGUCCCACAUGGAAGGUUUAUUGAACAAAACUUUGACUAUUGUGUUACUAGGAUCGUGAAACGGAAGAAAUUCAAUGUAGUCCAGCAGUAACCCAUCAAGAUAUAAAUCGACACUGUGAGUAUUGCCCACAAAGGUGCGACAAUUGCAGACGUGUAAUGCAGAAGGCACGUGUGAUUGUUACAGAGACCGAAAAAUCGGUUCGUGAAGAUUUCCAGAUCACGUGCUAUUGUGAACAUUUUUCCUCGUGUUUCUCGUCUGGCAAGCGGGAAAACAAAAUUGUGGUUCAAAUGGUUGAAGGAGAAAUUCGUGUAACUACAACUGAGCGAAGUCAGGUAAAUAUAAUGCUGGUUUCUUUAAAUACCAAAUAAGUUGUAAAAGAAGUUAAAAAACUCAUUAAUAAUUCAUGUUAAAGAACGACCCAUCUUAUGAUUACCUCGAGAAAUCAAAGCUGAAGUUUAUGUAAAUCAGGACAAAUCUUUAUCCGAUUUACAAACAUUGAUUAAACAUUCAUUUCUUUUGAAUUUUCCUCAUGAAUUAUUAAUGAGUUUUUUAAAUAUUAUUCAUUGUAUUUGGACGUAAUAUAUGAUAAAACGGAAAACUAUAUAGAGUUAAUCUUAUGGAUAACAAAUAAUAAGAAUUGGCUGAAUGCUCUUUGCUCACAAACCAAAAUUUCAUAGCAAACUGGCAAUUCGUUUCUGUAAUACUGUGACGCGCAUCAAAUUCGAAACAUAAGUAUAGAAGGCCAAAAACUGUUGCAGUAUAUGUUUCAGUUUGUGCUUUUUUCGCCUGCGCGUCUUCCACACAGCGGUUCAAUACGGUAAGCGUCAUGUAAAGCGCCAUGUAAAGCUCAUUGAAAUCUCUGCGGAGGAGAGAGGGUAUAAACGAUAAAUUAGUGUACAAGCAGACAAAUUAAAACGAAUUUACUAAAUGAUACCAAUGACCUUGGUUUCAAUGGCGUAACGGGGAAAGAGGGGGCCCUUAGGCAUGUUUGGUGUGGGGGCCCCUGUCGACUGUUUGUUGGUAUAUUAUAUUUAGCUAUAUUGAAUAUUUAUAGCAUGUUCUGGAAAAUUCUAUCUCUAUAACAACAACAGUUUCCAACAUAACUAAAGGGUCGAUUACAUGGAGAACUUUCAACACCAGGGUUGAAGUCAGCUCUGUUAAUCAGGUUUAAAUUUUUUGCGAUUACAUGGAUGAUUUCAACCCCGGGGUUGAAAUGCUAUACGUUCCCGGCAUUGACUCCCGGAAGUAAAAAAUGGCUCCAUUUUGUUUUCUUGUAAUAAAUAGUCCCUACCACGCAUGCUCGAAUAACUCAUAAUUUCAGCCCCGGGUUGAAAAUUGGUUGAAACGAUUACAUGACAAAAUUUUCAACCCAGGGCCAAGUUCAGUCCGGGGUUGAAACUUCAACCCUGCUAGCUGAAGCAUGGGUUGAACUCGGCCCUGCGUUUGGGUGAAAAAUUUUAUCAUGUGAUCGCGCGUUUGAUUUGAUAGAAUUUUGUAUUACAAACAGGGCUGAAAUUUCAACCCGGUCAACUGGGCUGAGUUAAAUCCCAGGGUUGAAAAUGCUCCAUGUAUUCGGCCCCUAAUAAGAGUAACGUUUGUUUUAUUUGAGAUGGAAUAACAAAAUCAGAAUAGCACUAUUAAUUUUGCAUUUUCCCAUCGAUUCUUUACCUGCAUUUUUUACGUUUACUAAUUUUCUGGGCGACAGGCCGUGGCUGAUGGGGGCCCCUAACUGUCGGGGGCCCUUAGUUUUCUAACUAACCCUACCUAGUGACCAUUACGCCACUGCUGGUUUCCAAGAGGAACUUUCAUUUAGGAAGAAAUUUAACCUGUUUCUUAUAAACAAUUCAUUUAAAUCAAAUACAAGAGGAAUCGAUCAUGUAUAAUUUUAUUUUGUUUCGUUUGAAAAAUGUGUUAAUCAGUAGUUUUAUUGAUAUGGGCAGUUAUAUUGACCGUAUCUAUAAUGAAACGAUGUUUUGUCAAGCUUCAUUUAGUACUAUGGUCCAUGAGACUGAUGAGAAAGUUAUAUAUCGGCAAUUAAUAAUAAAGGCUCAGCUGUAUAAACGUGUUGCGUUCAGACGCUGGGGAAACAUUUCGAAAGUGGAGGGGCAUUGGACAACAGGGGCACUUUUGUAUGCGAUCAAAAUCAAACGAUUUUAUGUCGUUCACGAGCCGAACAAAAUUUUUUGUUUUUCUAUAACGUCGGAAUACUACUGCAAAAAGGGCACUUUCUUUCCAGCAAAGAAGGCGUUCAUUCAAGUAAUACUUUUUUCGUUCAUUAAAUGAGGUACUUUCGCCCAGAAAAAGGGCACUUUUUUCACUUUAUACGUAAGAACCUAUAAUCCGAUUCAAAACUAUCAGAAGCGAAGCAGUACAGCGCCUUUCCGUGCCAAAUAUCGCUCAUAUAGUAAGAGUGUCUAAUGUAAACGGAAGGCCUAGAUAAAAGUAUACAUUGUUUUUUUUCCGUUUUCCCCAACUAUUCUACGCAAACAGUGCGAGCUUCUAUAUUGUAGUUGCUCUAUAGAAAUAUAUACGUUUUUAUUACUAAUUCUAAUCUCGUUCUUACAUUAUACCUUGGAAAGCUUUGUGAAACGUGAAUCGCUCGUUGUGUCUUCAGACCUGGAGAUAAUUCUAGCUUUUCUUGGAUCCUAAGCCAGGGGGAAAUAUUUUCUUUGAAAACACUGAUAUGAAAUUUAGGCAGCGGGGGCGGGGUAUUUUCUUUGAAAACACUGUCAUAAAAUUUAGUUGGUUUAACAGCACUUAAAUUUUGACUGUAACAGCUGUUAGGCAUUAACUGCACUUCACAGGCUUCACUGUUAACAAAAUCUAUACAAUUAAUCAAUAAAUUGGAUAUUCGAUAAUAAUAAUUAUUUAUCUUCUGUAAUCAGUGGCAAAUACUGCAAUUUCAUUGGUUUACAGAAGUGCGAUUUGAGCAUUAAUCGCACUUUUUCUGAAAUGUAAUCGCACUCUUGUCUACAGCCAAUGAAAAUCAGUCUAGUAUUUACAACUAGCAAACAGCAUUCAGGAUACAAACUUUGAAUUUGAUUUUCUUCAUUGCUGUAAAAAUUCUCAAAAUGGAGAAUUUUAAAAUCAUAAAUUCUAUUUUUAUGCUUUUUCCCCUUAAACAGUAUUAAUGCCAUAAUCAUACUCGAGGUUAACAAAUCAACCUCCCGCUACGCGGUCGGUUGAUGUUGUAAUCACUCGUAUGAUUAUGGCAUUAAUAGCACUCCUAUUCGUUCUAUUACCAUCAUUAAUUAAUUCUAUGUUACUAGUGUUAGCAACUUAGGUCUUAUACUAAAACUCUCUGUACCAGUGUGAGUACUGGGUAGUACCAAUGCCGAGUGGUUAUAUAACUACCUGAAAAAAAAAGCAGAAACUCGACAUCGAGGUAGUAAUAUAACCACUCGGCACGACAACUUAGGUCUUAUAGCAUAUCAAAUUAAAUUGUAAUAAAUGCUUAUAUAGUGUAAUAGCUUCUUACAGUUGUAGUUAUAUAACUUAUAACAGUUUAUUACUACCUGAUUUGACAUUUGCAAGUUGUUUGAUGAAGAAAUUUAAAUUUCAAGGAAUAUUUUUUUAUGUAUGCUCAAGUGAAACUUUUUUUUUGACCGUUUGGGUAUCAGGUGAUAUCACUUAUAUCAACCUUUUCAGUUGUAAGAAAAUUUAGGAAAUUUUUAACGUUUUUGUUGAUUUUUAUGGAUAAUUUUUUUAAAUAAAUUUCAAAACUUUCUGCUAAAGAAAAUUGAAAAUCCUUUCCAGCAAUCAAAACAUUUUCUAGGAACGUCGUUCCCAGGAUCCAGCACUAUUACCAGGUCUGUGUGUUCGUCGUCUUUGGUUCACAACCAGGUCGAGAGCGCUUAUUCAGUCGUAAGAGGAAAUUAAUAAAGGCCGUAAGAGGAAAUUAAUAAAGAAGAGAAAAUUAAUAAAGGAAAUUAAUAAAGGAAAUUAAUAAAGGAAAUGAAUAAAUUAAAUAGGUUUUGCCACGCUUAACGUUAAGGGGGGAAAGGGGUCGUGGUCAAUGCUGUUAAAAAUGUUUUUAUGUGAUGAAAACUCACUUUAACUUUUCUUAACGAAAUACUUUGCAAACUUCGCUAAAAUCAACCAAUUCCAUGGGCAUUUAAUAAAACAAGCGCGAUUUGACUGUCUACGAGUUCGAAAGUGGUUUCAGCAUACAUUGAACUGUAUACAAAAUAUUGUUUGUUCCCCAAGGACAAGAUUGCCGAUCUUUAUUUUUUUGUAUAUAUUAAGAAUGUAAAGUGGAAAGGUGAAGGGGGUUGCGACCUUAACGGCCAACUUACUUGCCGUCAAGCGUGGCGAAACCUAUUUGUUGACGGCUCCUAAAUGCUUGAUGAUAUUAUUAAAAUCCAUAUUUGAUUUAGAAGGCUAUAAAAUUUUCACUAUUCUGUUACUAUAGUCACGUGAUCCAGAACAAAUCCGAUGUAAUCCUGCAGUAACACAUCUGGAUAUAAAUAAAUACCGAGAUUAUUGCCCGAAAAAGUGCGACAAUUGCAGACAUCUCAUACAGAAGACAAGUUUGAUUGUGACAGAAACCGGAGAAUCAUGUCGUAAGGAUUUCGAGAUUACGUGCCAUGGUGAUCAUAUUGCCUUGUGUUUCUGGUCAGGUUCUCGGGGAAACAGCAUUGUGGUUCAAGUGGUUAACGGGGAAAUAUAUGUAACUACAAAUAGAAAAACUUGGAACGAGUCCCUUCGAAGCGUAUUUCAACGCAACCGGAUAAGUUUAUUGGGUACUUUUCUCUGUGUUGCUGGGAUGGCAAUGAAGACAUUUGGAUCAAGUAUUCCUAUUCCUUAUCUGCCCGAGAUAGGAACAGCUCUUGUUUUGAUUGGUACCGCUGUUUCCGGAGCUGACGCAAUAACUGAUGUGAAUACAUACCAAAUAACUUAG